AUGCCACGUAAGCUACGUAAGAAUAUACGUAAGAGGAAGGGAGCAUUGAAACAUCCCAUAGUAAAACUGACACCACAACAACAGUUGCAACAACAAAUUAUGAAUGACCCCACUAUGUUGCAACAAAUGUCAAGCAACCCUAUGCUUUUAAACCGAGUUAUUGGUGCACAGAGUGGAGGUUUAAGAGCGGCACUUUUAGCGAAAAUGGCAGGCUAUGGUGGAGCUGCAGACGGAACAGCUUAUAACCCUCAAAGUCAAAUGAAUUUGAGUUCACUCAAAAAUCAAAUAACAGAUGUCAAAAAGUCAAACAUAGACAUACAGAAACAAAUAAGUGAAAACGAAAAGAAACUAGAAUAUGACAGACACACAAAGAAACUCAAUGAGUUAAACGUAGAGAAAAAGAAGAAAGAAGAACAACUGAAAGAACUAAGUACAGAGGAAUAUGCGAAAAAAGUGUCAGAAAAAGCAGCAGAAGUAGCAAAAAUGGAACAAGAUGUUAUAAAUUUGAAAAACCAUACUACUCAAUAUAAAGUACUGAAAGAUGAAGAGAUAAAACAAAAAGCCCUGAAGACAUAUAUGGAUAGCGAUGA